AUGGUCUUCCAAGUUAAAAAUCUUAAAUAUCUACUAAUAUGUUUGAUAAUUAAGGUAUCUUUUUAAAGCUUAGAUCAGAUAUACUCUCCAUUUUAUCUAACUAAAUUGGACUUUAGUGACACAUAGAACCCAUUGAGAAUUAAAUUAUCUUCAAGCUGUAACUUGGUUUUCAUAGCAACAGGGUAUAGCGGAAUUACUAUUUCAGAUAGACUACUUAGUGGAGUACUUUUAUCAUAGAAAAUAGGAAAUUAGUACAUCAAUGCAUUUGAUGUAAGCAGAGAUUGUAAGUACAUAUUUUUUGGUUUACAAUAGCAAGUUUAAAUAUUUGAGUUAGUAAAAAUUGGAGACAGUAAUUAUUAGUUGAUAGAAAUAAGUUCUUAGCAAUUUAAAAGUUAAGUUCAGUCAAUAAUUUUGCUGGAGACAAGUCAAGUACUGAUAGCUUGUGGAUCAGAUGGUAAUGUAGCUGCUUACGAUGUGAGUGAUAUAAAAAAUCCAUUAACAAUAGGUAACUAUAACACAGGAUCUACAAUUAUUCCUUAAAUAUCUUCAUCUAUUGAUGAGCUCUGGCUCUACGUAAGUUGUGAGAGACUUGGUACUUAAAUAUUUUAAUUGAGUUUAGUAUAGGAUCAGUAGACACUGAAAAGGUAAAUCAAAUUUACUCUAGCAGCUUAAGGAAAAGGAUAAUUUAAAGGCAUGAUUAGUAUUGCUACAAACAAUAAUUCAUUUAUUUUUUAAGUAGAUACAUGGAAUGGUUUAUUUUAUGCUAAUAUUCAGAAUUUAAGCUCAUAGACCAAUAAUUAUCCCGUUGAUUUAAGUUUUAAUAAAUUUAAUUUUAAUUAAAAAGCAAGUGAAUCAAUACAGUCCUUAGCUUUAUCUUAAGACAAUUAACUUCUUUUCCUUGGGGUUAGAUCUGAGGGAAUGUAUGUUUUUGACAUCAGAGAUCUUUCAAAUGUGUAACUUUUUUAACAAAUUUAAGUCGAUUCUCAUUCUCUUUCCAUAGAAUUUUCUGCUGAUGGAAAUUAUUUAUAUUUCUCAAACGCUUUGAGUGUAUUUCUUUUUGAGAGAACUUAAGUAAAUUUAAAUGAUAAUUUCCCAAACUUAUUCAAUAUUCACCAAACAAAAAAUGAACCCAUGGCUGAUAUUGAAUAUAAAUGGAGCUGUUUAAUAGACUCAACCAAUACUUACAUGUUAGGAGCUUUCGAUCAUGAUGGAAUGUAUAUAUUUCCAUAUUAUGGAGACCCUUAUAAACUAAAAGUAUCUACUGCUAUCUAUUAUAAUGUAGGAACUGACUCCAUAAUUAUAGACCCCUAGAGUCAAUACAUGUACGUACUUUCAUUAAAUAUCUCAAAGUUAAUCACUAUUUUCAAAAUUUCUGAUCCUUCUAAUCCAAACAUAUCUUUAUAGAAUAUCUAAGAAGUAUCUUCUUACACAAUGGAUGGAUUUAGUUUCUCUGAGUACAUGAUUUUUAGCUCAGAUAGGUAAUUUGCUAUUGUUACAUAUGAGACAGGAAUGCUCCUUUUUGAUACAUCGAAUCCCUUACAAUUAAAACUAUUACAAUACUGGCAAAACCCUGCUUCAUUAGCAGGCGAAAACUAAGGAGCUGCAAUAACAAAAGACAACAAAUGGAUAUUUGGCACAGUUAGAUUCUAUGGACUCUAUUUAUUGGAUGCAAGUGAUAAGAAUAAUUUGAAACUUGUGGACUAAGUCAAUACCCUAGGAGGUGAAAAUAUAAUAUUAUCAGAUAUUUUACAAUAUGCUUACUUGAUUGACGGAGUAAGAGGAUUUGCUAUAAUUGAUUUGUCUGCUUUACCUAAAAUAGUAAUUAUAUCAAGAGUCCCUAUAUAGGGUUAUUGCAAUUCUGGUAUGCUUUUAUAAAAUGACAAUUUUAUACUAACUGUUUAAAUGGAUAAUGGUUUUGUGACACUCGUAGAUAUGAGAGAUAAGCUCAAUCCUUUUGUUUUAAGCAGUUACAGUUAUGGCUAAGAGUUUGCAACAUAUCUUUGUGGUCCGAAGACAGGAGAGUAUAUUUUUGUUACAAACCCAUAAAGAAUAAUAGCUAUACCAUUAACUAGUAAGGUUAAGAUCCAUACAUAAGCUAAUCAAGUAACGAUAGAUAAAUUAACAGGAUAAAAAACAACUGUGAAAAUAAAUCCUCAAUUAGGAAGUAACUCAUCUAGUGACUAUACUUUUUAUGUUGGACAAACAAUAGAAUUAAGUUUUUCAGUUCUUUAUCCUUUUUAGAGUGGAAUGCAAGUCGUAGACGUAUUUUCAUACACUCAAGGCUAAAUUGCUAGCCUACCUUCUUAUGCUUUUUAUGAUAAUUUUAAAAAAAUUAUCAGCAUGUAUGUUGAUAAAUAAGCUCUAGGUAGUCAGGAAAAUUCUUCUAACUUAAAUACUGUUCUUAUCAAAACAGCUUUCCCACUCACUUCAGAUUUGUUCGUUUAUUAAUCAGAGGAUGGAGGCAUAAACGAUUUAGGCAUAACAAAUGAAGCUUAAGCUCUUUAAAUCUUUUAAUUUUUAAUAAGUUAAAAGGUAAUUGACUCAAAUUAUUUUGUGUCAACAACAUUCGAUUCACCCUGCAAUUUUGAGUUUGGUGAUUAUUUAAGCACUAUCAUGUAGUCUUAAAAUUAAUAAUCAAACUUUGGAGUUAUUUCUGAUCAAAUAACUGAAAAGGUUUGUCUAACACUCAUGAGAGCAUAUUAUAUAAACCCUAUCAUAUUUAAUGUAAAACCAUCUCUUUUGGUUAAUUUUACCAAUCCUUAAUAGUAUAUUUCUAGCUUGUCAACAGAUAUAAUUGACUGUUAUUUAUAAGUUGAUAAGAAUUCUGGAAGAUUUGUUUUGAAGACAUACGACAGAGUAAUUACAUCUAUUUCAGAACAAUAGGAUCAGAUUAAGAUUGAAGGUAGCUUAGCAGCAGUGAAUGCAGUACUUCAAAACCAAAUCAUGUUUGCAAAUAGCACAGCUCUCUUUAUGGAUGAUGAUGCUUAAAAUUCUUAAUAAACACUUAAUUUAACUUUAGUUGAUGGUGUAAAUUAUCCUCUUAUUAUAAAUAGACCAAUUAACAAGUGCAAGUUUAUCACCUUAAAAAAAAAACUCAAAGUAAAUCCAGAAAAGACUUUAUAAAUGUAGUUUGAUAGACAGUUUCCAGAUUCAGAAGUACCAAUUGAAACUUAGAUAUAUUUUGAGUUUGCCUCUGAUACAUUCAUUGUAGAAGAUUCUAAAUAGAUCACAUACUAUAUUUAAUACAAUGAUGGGAAUUCCUAUCAAAAUUUAACUACAUCGUUAUGGCUUUAAUAAAGUGGGUCUUAAUUAAGCUAUAACGGCUUUGCUUCUUCUAGUAUUUAUAGAGAAGUUUUUACAUUCAAAAUUAUAGCAAGUGAUGGGUACACUCAAGCAGAAGAUUACUUUACAAUUAAAGUAUAUGCUAUUCCUUUUUCGUUAUUAUUUAAUAUUUUGAUGAAAAUUCUAGGACCUCUCUUUGCUGUUUUAGGUCUUUAUUAGAAAAGAGGUUUAUUUUUAAGCAUGUGCUUUAGAAGGAAGGUGGAAUAUAGUUCAGAAACUAUAUUUAACUCUUAGCUUUAUCAAAAAAAGAUUGUUAUUCUUUCAGAUAUCAAUAUUCACUCUAGAAUCAUUACCAAUAAUAUAUUUUCAAAGAUAAUUUCCUGUUCUAAAUCUAAUGAAAAAAAAUCAGAAAUAUCUGUGUAAAAGGAUAAAUCGAAUUAAAUAAUGCUACUUAACUUUAAUUAAACUUAAGAAUGCCGUGAUAGGAUAAUCAAUAAUCAAAAUUUUAUUUUUAAUAAAAAAUAAAUUGAAGUUGUAGAGUAAACCAAGUUAUUACUCGUUAAGACUAGCCAGCAUUAUAAGCGAAGCUUUAUCGAGUAGAGAUAUUUAAAGGAGAGUGGAGGCAUAACAAUGACUUAAGUAGUUUAAGAUAUUCUUUAAUAUAAUUUCCUCGCUUCUCCUAGAAUCCCUAAUCUAACCUAGUAGGUUUACUAAAGCGAGCUUAUUAAUUCUAACUCAAGAAUUCAUAAAGCUAUUCAUUCACAAUUAUCUAGGCAAAUUCUAAAUCUUGAUAAAAGGUCUCUAUUAAUAUAUGAGUGUUUAUAAAAUAUUGGAAAAUUAUCAGAAUAUUACACAAAAAAUGAUUGGUACAAGUACAUUGUGAAUAUUAAUUAUACAGAUGAAAUAAAUAUUAAAUCUGAAUGUGAAUAACAAAAUAACGUAUUUCCUCAUUUAAAUUUAAAUAUAGACAUGUUGGUUUAAAUACUUGCAAAAAUAGGAAUUAUUUCAAUAGAUCUAAAUCUUCAAUUUACUUUUGGCUCUUUGGAAAAGUUUGUAAAAGAAUAAGAACUUGGAAUAAAUUUAAGACUUAUUAGAGAUGUAAUAUUUGCAGAUGCACUAGGAUUUUGUUCUUAUAAACCUUCUCCGCUAUAGCCUUCUAUAGGUGAAUCUAUUCACCUACCUCCUUAUUCUAUCAAGUAAGUGUUAGCUUAUUAAAAGGUAAACUAUAAUUUUUGCAUUCGCCCUUUGAUAAAACUACUAAACUUAGAAUACUAGAGAUAUGCUGCUUAUGAAAAUAAUAAAUUACCUAAUUGGUUGAGUCUUGACUAAAAACAAGGAUUGCUUUUUUUUCAUGGGGUACCAGAUAUAAGUGAUAGCUAAGAAAUUCUAAUUCGAAUAUUUGACUCUGAAGAUUAUGUUAUUUAGCAGUUUCUAUUAAAAAUAGAAGCAUAAAAGAUAACUUUUCCAAAUAAUAUUGCUAAUUUAUCUAUUCCAGAUGAACAAGAGUAUAUAUCUUAAGUCAUAGGAACUUAAAAAGAUAAAAAUCCAACCUAAUCUCCAAAUAAUUACAAUUAAGAUUACCUAAAAACUAGUAAUCCCUUUUUCGAAGAUGCCAGCUAAAAUCUCCAAUAAACUUUUAAUAUAGGAAUAAAAUUUAAGGAUGGUAAAAAUGAAAGAUCUACAGAAUAAUAAGAUAAGCCUAAAUUAAUAAAUAAUGCCUAGCAAAUCUAUAAAUAUUAACUCAGAAAUAAGAAAAAUAGUACAAAUCUAGAAAAUUAAGAAUUAAUCACAUUAAGUCCAUUAAUCAAACAAUAUCCAGCAUAAAUUUUAGAUACAGACAGUUAUUUAUUAACAUUAUCUACUUCAAGAAAUUAAAGGAGCAAAUUGUUAGAAAUUGAAAGAACAUAGGAAAAUUAAGAUGAGAUAAUUGAAUAAAAAAAAGAAUUAUCUAGUAGCUAGUGA